AUGGCAUUAUGCCGUAAGAAACUUCCUCAAAGGCCUCUAACGGUUGCUACUUGUGCAAGGAUUUGCCUUUGCAGACUUGAUCAUACAUCAGAGAAGACCGACCAUCAUCAUGUGAGCAACUUCAGGAGGAGCUCUGGGGAUUUCAGGGCGGUGGAGACGGCGCCGUUCUUGAGGGCUUGCGGGCUCUGCAAGCGCCGCCUCGGCCCCGGCCGAGACAUUUACAUGUACAGGGGCGAGGUAGCAUUCUGCAGUCUAGAGUGCAGGCAGCAGCUAAUAAACCAGGAGGAAAUCAAGGAGAAGCGCGCUCUCUCCACCAUCAAGACCGAUUCCCACUCCGCCGCGGUGGCCGCCGGAUCCGAGACCUCCGGCGGCAACAACGGGGAGACCGUCGCCGCCGCGUAACGAAGCUUAAGAUAGCGCAAACUAUAGAAAAACAAACGCAUGUGGAGCGUCGGUGAUGUGCGGUGUUUGAUGUCGAGAGUAAUCUUGGUGUUGUGAAGGUGAUCCGAUGCUAGUAUGAGCUAUGAGCUAUUAGCUAUUUUCCUAUCUUUUUGUACCUUAAUUUUUUUUGGGCUUUUUAAAGGGGGAAAUUAGUGAGAUCGAUGCAAUUAUGUAAGGUUCUAUAUUAAUUAAAACUUUUUUUUUCCUUUCC